GUUGGCCACAGGUUCGCAAUUAAUGUCGCAUCAUUCAAUAUUAAGGAAAGUAAUUCCUAAAUUGGUGAGAGGAUAUUCAAGUUCAACAGCGGAGAAUCGAGAUAACAAUGAUUCUAUUAAGGCUUCAAAUGGAAAGGCACCUUUAAAGCCAAAGAGAGUUUUGGCUAAGCAGUAUGAUCCAGCUAAGGUUGAAGAAGGGUGGUAUGAAUGGUGGGAGCAUCAAGGUUUUUUCGGGACUAAAGGAGUAACAAAAGAGGGAAUGGAUGAGCAUUCUACAAAAACCUUCACGAUGCUGUCACCGCCUCCAAAUGUUACCGGGGAUUUACAUAUCGGUCAUGCAUUGACUUUUAGUAUUCAGGAUUCAUUAGCAAGAUGGUUUAGAAUGAGGGGUUACUCU